AUGGGACUGCCUCUCUACCGUUCCCCCUCAAGCGAGGCCCUUCGCCGUCAGGCCGCCAACCAAGCGGCAAACCAACAACAGCAACCUGACCCGCGCCGCGCAAGGUCCGGCGCCCCUCCCCCUCCUCUCCGUCGCGAAGAUGCCCAGCGGCUCUUCUCCCAAACCCCUUCUGAGGCAGCAACUGGUACCCAAGAGCGGCCUAUCGACCUGACCCGCCGCUCCCUCGAAGUCGAGGCUCCACGUCGCCCUGUUCUCCCUCCCCGCUUUGCAGCUCCCAUCCCGUCAACGGAAGACGAAGAGAGUGCCGCGGCGGCAAGUGCCGUUUUGUCCAGGUACAGCCGGACAAGCUUCAACUCAAGCGAGUUGGCUACCCCUGCCGAAGAGGAAGAACUUCGUCUCCCGGACUACGGCACUCCGGAUAUGGAUUGGUCGACUCCCGAGAUUGAGGCGGCUAGCACUCCUCCCCGCCCGGAAGCCCAGGCUUCAAGUGCCGUUUUGUCCAGGUACAGCCGGACAAGCUUCAACUCAAGCGAGUUGGCUACCCCUGCCGAAGAGGAAGAACUUCGUCUCCCGGACUACGGCACUCCGGAUAUGGAUUGGUCGACUCCCGAGAUUGAGGCGGCUAGCACCCCUCCCCGCCCGGAAGCCCAGGCCUCCGCACCUGCCGCUCCCCAGCAGCCGCAGCAGCGUCAGCAACAACAAGUGGCAGGCCCAUCUCAAGCCGCUGCAACGCAGGAACAGCAGCGCCAGGCAAGCGGCGGCGGUCGUGGCGGCUUCGUUCAGGUCGUCGUGAGCCAGGACUCAGGCCUGGCGCAAGUCCAAGUUCAGGGUAGCGGAGAAGGUCAAACCAUCCCUCCUUCCCUCCGCCUUCCUCCCCUUCCUCGGCCGUCGGACGCGACGAUUCGAGGUGCUCGACGGCAGAGACUGGGGCAGUCGGGUACGGCGACCCAAAAUACAAGCAGCACAGCCAGUCAACGCAGCAGAAGCGGUGGAAGCGGUGGAAGCCGCUCAGCUGAUCAGUCGUCUCGGAUGCGGAGCGAUAGAUCUGGGUAUUAG